AUGUACAGCGACCAUGAAACUAUUGUAAAGAUUUUAAACAACCCAAACGCUACAGUACCACUUCGCAAUGAGCGUAUGACUUUACGAUUACAGGGAUAUUCUUUUGAUCUACAGUACGUAAAAGAAAAAAAUAAUAUAUCUGAUUAUUCUAGUCGACUCCCUGUAGACCCUUGUGAGAACGAAGGGCUAGAAAAAUAUGUCAAUUUUACAGCUGUAUACGCAUGUCCUAAAGCCUUUUCUUUACUGGAUAUUCAAAGAGAAACCAAAGCCGAUCCUAUUCUACAAAUACUUACAGAGUUAAUUACUACUAAUACCUGGCAUAAACUUUUACAUCCGAAUUGUCCGCCAGAACUAAAAAAAUUUCAAAAAGACUUACUUGCUUACCGUAAUAUACGCCAAGACCUUACAGUAAAUCAGACUUCAGACCUUAUUCUAAAAGCAAAUCGAAUUGUACUUCCACAUUCUCUGAAAAUUACGGUUAUACAGUUUGCUCAUAAUAGUCACAUGGGAUAUGAGAAAACCAAAUCAUUACUUAUAGAAAAAGUUUACUUUCCUGGUCUAGACACUAAAGUAGAAGAAUAUAUAAAACGAUGUGCAAUUUGUCAAGCCCUUGGUAAACAAAAUGCACCAGCCAAACUAUUAAUUACACCAACACCAGAGGAAGUUUGGGACACCGUUAAUAUAGAUUACCUCGGUCCUUUACCUAAUGGAUUUUAUUUGGUAGUCCUUAUAGACCAAACAUCAAAAUUUCCGGUUGUCGAUAUUAUUCAUAAUACAUCUGCUGACCUCCUUAUUGAUUUUCUACAGAAAACGACUGCAGUAUAUGGAAUACCGAAAACGAUUGUCAGCGAUAAUGGACCACCUCUUACUUCAUUCAAAAUAAAGAUGUUUUUGAACAAACUGAACAUUCAACAUAAACGAAUCACCCCGCAAAAUUGCGGCACCAUUUGA